CCUUGUCGCUCAUUCCUAGGCUUGGAUAGCCAACCUGUCCGGGGUCACUGAGCGGGACGGGACGUCGUCAGACAAAGCUAAGUGAACACACGCCCCCUCAAGUUCAUCAUGGCCUCUGCUGGUCUGCAAAUCCUGGGGAUCGUCAUGACCCUGCUUGGCUGGGUCAACGCCUUGGUGUCCUGCGCCCUGCCCAUGUGGAAGGUGACCGCCUUCAUCGGCAACAGCAUCGUUGUGGCCCAGAUGGUGUGGGAGGGGCUGUGGAUGUCCUGCGUGGUCCAGAGCACCGGGCAGAUGCAGUGUAAGGUGUAUGACUCACUGCUGGCCCUACCCCAGGACCUCCAAGCCGCACGAGCCCUCUGUGUCAUCACCCUCCUCCUCGUCUUGCUUGGCCUGCUGGUGUACCUUGCUGGAGCCAAGUGCACUACCUGUGUGGAAGAUAAGGAUUCCAAGUCCCAUCUGGUGCUCACCUCUGGGAUUAUCUUUGUCAUCUCCGGGAUCCUGACCCUCAUUCCUGUCUGCUGGACGGCCCACUCCAUCAUCCAGGACUUCUACAACCCCUUGGUGGCCGAUGCUCAAAAGCGGGAGCUGGGGGCCUCCCUCUACCUGGGCUGGGCAGCCUCGGGACUUCUGCUGCUGGGUGGGGGCCUGCUAUGCUGUGCCUGCUCUCCUAGAGGGCCCCGGGGACCCAGCCACUACAUGGCCCGCUAUUCUUCAUCUGCCCCACAUUCAGUUUCUCGGGGACCCUCCGAGUACCCCACUAAGAAUUACGUCUGAUGCCCACUGGGGAAUGUGGCUCUAUUAGCCAGGGAACCCUAGGAGGCUAAGCUGAGCCAUCAAGAAAUGGUGCCUGGUAGUUUUGGGGGUUGUUUUGCUCUUUGUGUG